AAGCAUGAAGAACAACGGCACCAUGAACUACUUUACCGAAUCGUCCGACGAGGACGACGAGGAGACGGUCAUGAUCAAAAAAGUCCAGCAGGACAACAAACUAUGGGACUCGUUCCAGGAUCCGCCAAUACCGCAGACAUCCGGUUCGGCCGCCAGCCGGGAGUAUCUGCUCGUGUUCGUCAAAGGGCUGAAGGUGUUUACCUACAUCUUCGUGUUUCUCGUCAUUCUGGCCAGUGCGUGCUUUGCCAAGAUGUCCUUCCUGCUGAUGGUGUCCAACAUCAAGGAGGGUACCAAGAACCGUUACUGUGACGUCCGGCAGCCCGACAAGCAGUUCGAGGCGUACAUUCCACGCGAACAACGGGUGGCCUGGAUGUGGGCAAUUGUGUUCUCCUUUGCCGUGCCCGAGAUCGGGACCUUCAUCCGGGCGUCACGCAUUUGCUUCUUCAAGAACAUUCCCCGUCCUUCCUGGGGCCAGCUGCUGAUGGUUACGGUCAUGGAAAGCUUCCAUGUGAUUGGGCUGGCGAUUCUUGCGUUUCUCGUGUACCCGAACCUGGACGUCGUUAAGGCGGCCAUGCUGACGAACUGUGUCUGUCUCGUGCCGGCCAUUGGCGGGCUGCUAUCCCGCUCGCCCAAGGAGUCCAAGCUGGCGUUCAAGUACUUUUUCGAUCUGCUUGCGAUCAGUGCCCAGCUCACCGGGUACGUGGUGUGGCCACUGCUCAGCAACCAGUUCGAGCUAUGGUUCAUCCCGGGGGCCAUUUUUCUCGUAUCGUGUCACUGGUGGGAAAACUACCUUUCCCAGAAAAGUCUUCUGCGACCAAUCGCUUCGUUUGCGGCUGUGCGUGAAAAAUUGACCGACUGCCGAUACCAGACCCACCUGCUGAUCGCACCGUACAAAAUUUUGCUCUUCCUUGGCGCCUGCAUCUAUCUCUCGGAACAAUCGGUGUCCGAUUUCUUCGGCCUGUUUGAUAGUGGCUGGGGAAAUCACACCAUCACCGUACGCGAGAUGGAAGCCGUGCUGAACGAAAAGUUCCCGGACCUCUCGUCCAUCACGUCCGAUCUGGAGGUGCAUGAAAUAUUUCCCACCAGCAAUGCCAUCGUCUGGACCACCGUCACGCACAUCCUGUGUGCGUACCUGUGCUACAUCUUCAGCAAGUUCGCGUGCAAAAUCCAGAUCCAAAGCUUCUCGAUGGCAUUCCCCAUUAACCUGAGCGUCCCAGUUACCGUCACGCUACUGCUCGUGUUUUGCGGUCUGCGGGAAGCGGAUGUCUGUGCGUUCGAUAACAUCCUGCCGGAUUACAUCUUUUUCCGCAUGCCACCGAUUUACUACCUGUUCGAUUAUGUUGUAAAUGAAUUCUCCUGGCUCUGGUUGCUGUGGCUGCUGUCCCAGACCUGGAUCACGCGCCAUCUUUGGAUGGCGAAAAGUGAUCGAAAUGCCUCGACAGAGAAACUCUUUGUCACACCGAUGUACGACAGUCUCCUGAUAGAUCAAAGCGUAGCAAUGAAUCGCCGUCGUGAGGAUCAGGAAGACUUUGUCAAGAAAAUUGAUAUGGUGAAAGUAAAAGACACCGAAAAGGCGAACGAAAUCGAUGCGAAGGCUCACGAAGGCAAGAACGACAAGAUCAAACCGUACGAUCGCAUCCCACAGAUCUUCAUUUGCGCGACCAUGUGGCACGAAAACAAGGAGGAAUUGAUGGAGUUUUUAAAAUCGAUCCUUCGACUCGACGAAGAUCAGUGCGCGCGACGGAUGGCGAUGAAGCACAUCCAGGCGAACAAGGAUGACAUCGAUCCGGACUACUACGAUCUUGAGACACACAUUUUCUUCGACGAUGCCUUCGUAAAUGACAAAUCCAAGUGUGAGAGUGCCGAUGCCUCCCCACUGAACGCGUACGUGAAAACACUCAUCAACCACAUCGAGGAAGCGGCACUGGAAGUAUACAAAACCAAGAUGCGCGUGUAUCCACCGACGAAGAUAGUCACGCCGUACGGUGGUCGCCUGAUCUGGACACUGCCCGGGCGGACGAAAAUGAUAGCGCAUCUCAAGGACAAGAACAAGAUACGGCAUAAGAAGCGCUGGUCUCAGGUCAUGUACAUGUACUACCUGCUCGGCUAUCGGAUCAUGCAGCUGAACACGUCACCCGAGCGCAAGAUGGUCAUCGCCCAAAACACGUACCUGCUGGCACUGGAUGGGGACAUCGAUUUUCAGCCGAAUGCCGUCUCGCUGCUGGUCGGCCGAAUGAAGGUCGAUCCCGAUCUGGGAGCGGCCUGCGGGCGCAUCCAUCCGGUCGGUACGGGCCCGAUGGUAUGGUACCAGAUCUUCGAGUACGCCAUCGGGCAUUGGCUGCAGAAGGCCACCGAACACGUGAUCGGUUGCGUGCUGUGUUCUCCCGGUUGUUUUUCGCUCUUCCGCGGCCGAGCGCUGAUGGAGAACUCGGUCAUGAAGAAGUACACGACCAAGUCGGACCAGGCACGGCACUACGUGCAGUACGAUCAGGGCGAAGAUCGGUGGCUGUGCACGCUGCUGUUGAAGCAGAAAUUCCGCGUCGAAUAUUCGGCCGCCUCGGACGCCUACACUCACGCCCCGGAAGGAUUUAACGAGUUCUACAACCAGCGGCGCCGUUGGGUUCCCUCCACCAUUGCCAACAUUUUUGAUCUGCUAGCGGACGCGAAACGUGUCGUCAAGACGAACAACAGCAUCUCGAUGCCGUACAUCGUCUACCAGUGCAUGCUCAUGUUCGGUACGAUCCUCGGCCCGGGCACGAUCUUCCUCAUGAUGGUCGGUGCGUUGGUGGCCGUGUUUCGCAUCGACAUCUGGACCUCGUUCCUCUGGAACGGUGUGCCACUCGCCGGGUUUAUGGCCAUCUGCUACUGGAUGAAGCAAAAGUAUCAACUGAUUGCGGCCUUCUUCAUAUCGGCCAUCUACUCGCUGGUCAUGAUGGCCGUACUCGUCGGUAUUGUCGUGCAGGUGAUGGAGGACGGUAUACUUGCGCCCUCGUCGGUGUUCUUCGUCGCUGUUGCCCUUCAGAUCGUGAUUACCGGGCUGCUGCAUCCGCAGGAAAUGGAAGCAUUGCCAGCCGGGCUGGUCUACUACAUUACGAUUCCUUCCAUGUACAUGCUGCUCGUCAUCUACUCCGUGUUCAACAUGAACGACGUGUCCUGGGGCACUCGGGAAAACCCGGUGGACGCUGCCAAGAAGGCACCGCCACCGACGGCCGCCCCACCGGGAAAGAUGCAAAAAAUUCUCGGCUAUCUCCGGUCGCCCGAUAAGGAAGAGAACGGUUCGAUAGACAUCUCGAUCAAUGGGCUGUUUCGCUGUUUGCUCUGCACGCAUCCGAAGGCCAGCGCCGAAAAGGAGCAGAUCGCUCAAAUUGCUGCAUCCCUGAGCGAUAUUAGUGUGAAAAUGAAGGCACUGGAAAUGAAAUUAACCGGCAACGUCAGCGUAAUGAGAUCAGACGACGAAGAUGAUGACAUCGGCAGUCUCGAUAUGCAUCGCCCGGAAGGUAGUCGCGGCCCGUCCUCACCCUCCUCAACCUCCGGCGCUACGUCACCGAUCCAGACGGUGAAAAAUGAUUCGCUCGAAGAGCCUGAGAAGCAGAUUAACUAUCUUCCGGAUUGGUUGUACGAUGUGGAUCUGAAGAACGGUGACACUGAAACGAUAUCUGCCUCGGAGGAACUGUUCUGGAUUGAGCUAAUCGAGAAGUACCUCAAACCGCUCGAUCUGUCCGCGAAGCAAAAGGACGAGAUGAAGUCACAGCUGAAGGGUCUCCGCGAUCUGGCCGUGUUUGCCUUCGUGAUGGCGAACGCACUCUUUGUCCUGGUCAUCUUUCUGCUGCAGCUGAAGAAACAGGAGCUGCACAUCGAGUGGUGGUUCAACGUGAAGAACAAGAUCAGCUUCGACGAGAGCACCGUUGAGAUUAUGGUCCGCCGGGAGUACCUCGAGCUCGAACCGAUCGGGCUGGUGUUUGUGAUGUUUUUCGGCUUGAUUCUCAUCAUCCAGUUUAUCGCCAUGCUGAUGCAUCGUUUCGGCACGAUCUCGCAGAUUCUCGCCUCGACCGAGUUGAACUGGUAUUGUUCGAAGAAGGCGAAGGAUAUGUCGCUCGAUGCGGAACUGCGCGAGAACGCGGUCGAAAUCGCGCGCCGUCUGCAGCGCCCCAAACCACAGUGGGACGAGGAAGAUCUGGAAGACGAGCAGAAAGCAAUUGGACGACGCGAUACGAUCCAUCGCAUACUCUACCAGCACAAAAACAAACAGGACUGGAGCAAUCUGGAGGCGAACUUCAAGCGCAACUACUACAAGGAUGGUGAAUUGGACCUGGGUCACCGGCUCACACUCAGCCGCAAAACGCUGAACGUGCUCGAUACGCGCCGCAAAUCGAUGGCGGAACAGCGAAAGAUCCGCAAAUCGAUCAUCCGAGGUCAGAACCCGUACGACUCCGGUGGUGAUCUUUGGUAUCCGGACGAACCACCGCAUCAGCAGAAUUCUCCCGGUGCACGAUCGUACAGUGGUGGCGGUGGCGGUGGUAAUCGGAAGCGUAGCAGCGCCAACCGUGGCGGUCGUCAGUCGGCCAACAGCGGUCUCGGUGCCGGAGGUCGUACCAACUUUGCGUACCAAGUGGAUGACGAUUUCGAUGAUAACUUUUCCGACGAAGACACCCGCGAACGCGUGCAGUACCGCCGACCGACGGUGGAGUUGGAGAUGGCCGAACGGGCAAACCGGCCACCGAAGAAUCGAAAGAGCCGAGUUGCCUUCGCAUAGUUGGCCACUUCGGGGUGUGCUGGCGCACUGGCAAAGAGUACAAGACACCGAAAGUAACAAAUUACUGCUCAUGAGGUUCCUGUUGAGUUGACGCAAACUUCCGCAAACUGCUGUGGAUGCGGUUAAGAUGAAGCUCCCGCUACCAUCAACCAACGAUACGCCAACUCUAGCAACACAGUGCGAGCGAAACGAGUCAACAGUGAAGAACAAAAAAAAGCCACCCCCAAAACGAAAGUUUCUUCCGUGCAAGAUGAGCUUCACCGAGCGACAACAAAGCAACAACAACAAACAAAAAAAAACACAUCCCCCCCCCUGCUACUCGGCGAGAAAUGAUGAAGGAACCGGAAGAUUAUAGCUCAACACGAGUGGAACGUAGCGUUCGGAUAGGAGUGCCAAACCAGAAGCGUUGAGCAGUUUCUCAUUUUCACAAAACUAUUUGACUGCAGGCCACCGAAACCAGGGCAGGGCGCAACCAGCAACACAUUCCACAACCCCUAGCGACGCGUUACGACAUCCUCCGAGCAAUCGCUUACCCACGCUCGGUACGAUUUUUCACUGUACUGAUCCAAGGAAGGAAAUUUAAUCACUUCUACAAAUGAUUAUCAUAAUAAACUUUUCCUCUAG